UAACCUAAUAUUUUGAGACUGGUCGUUAGCUGUCAAGAAAUGCCCUUUUCGAGUUUUGAAUGUUUUUGAAAUUGAGAAAUGGUCAUAGUGUAUAUCAAUUUUUACAAUAAUUUUACUCUCGAAUUGAAGAAAAAUGAGUACAAUUGUUUCGGAGUCAAAUCUCGUUGAAAAAUGCCAUUCAAAAAUUGUCGACGAAAAUGAAUCUAAAGAAGGCAACAAAAAUGGAUUUAUAAAUGGUCUAGUGCAUAAGAAACAUAAGGCUUUAAGUACCGAAGCUAUAGAAAUUUGUAAAGAUGUUAGUAAAUCCUCGUUAAGCGAUGUAAAUAAUGUAGGUAAAUCAAGAAAAUUAAAAAAGAAGAAGCACAAAGAACAACUAGACUCUAAUGAAAAUUUGAACGAAUCAAAAAUAGACGAAAAUAGUCAUACAAAAUCUAUGGAUUACCAAAAUGAAUCAUUUGAUAAUUCAGAUGGUAGCGCCGUAAGCGGGGAUAUAAACUCACCUUCCUGUAGUAAAAUAUCCCAUAGUACUAAUGAUGAUCAGUGUGAUCCCCUGUAUAUUUCAAAUAACAUAGAUAAAUUGGUUAUUAGUAAAGUGGAUAACUUCCCAGAUGAGCAGAAAAGACAAUGUGAUAAGAAAAUUGAAUUUGUACAGUACGAAUCUGAGUUACAAAUGCCUUUGAUCAUGAAAAUUAUUCAGAAAGAUCUGUCUGAACCAUAUUCAAUUUACACAUAUAGAUAUUUUAUUCAUAAUUGGCCGAAAUUAUGUUUUCUGGCAAUGUGUGAAGAUCAAUGUGUAGGUGCUAUAGUUUGUAAAUUAGAUCUCCAUAGGAAAAUAGUCCGUCGAGGUUAUAUAGCAAUGUUGGCGGUUGAUCAAAAUUACCGUAAACUACGAAUUGGAUCAACUCUUGUCCAAAUGGCUAUUCAUGAAAUGACAAUGGGCGACGCAGAUGAAGUGGUCUUAGAAACUGAAGUAACAAACAAGCCAGCUUUAAAAUUGUACGAGAAACUAGGUUUUGUCAGAGACAAAAGAUUAUUUCGCUAUUAUUUGAAUGGUGUAGAUGCCCUUAGGUUAAAACUUUGGCUGAGAUAGAAUAGGUCCUGGCAUAAAUGCGAAGAGGAAAUAUCAUUUUGGCUGUUGAUCUUUGUUGUAAGUUUUUCAUCUUUAUUAAUAAUGUUUAUUUAUCUUAUUUUAAAUAUCUUUUGUUAGAGAGUCAAUAAGUUAUUUUCAUUACAACAAGGGUCACAAAACAGUUUACUUCAAUUGAUAAUUAUCCGAAGUGUGGUAGAUAAUUAUGAAAAUUUAUAAAUAUAAAAAAUUAACUUUGGCUUGAACUUCUAUUAUUGUGUUUGCGUGUAAUAUGAAUCAUAUUAAUUUCAAUUACUUUUGAAUCUGAUACUGAGACUUGUUAUGUUUGAUAGAUUAAAUUAUUUAUCUUGGCUUGAAGUAAAAUAAAAUUGUAGAACUAACAAAUUUUAAUUAAAACUACUUUUUUCUUUCCUCCGUAUUUUACUCAUAUUUCCAACAAAAAAAUGCACAUUUAUAAUAAAUAGCUUGUUAUAUAAAUGAAAUUUUAAUUUUAAAAGUUAUUUUUUAAAAUUUUAUUAGUUGUUGAUUGUUACUUUAUUUUAAUCUAGAUAUACAGUACAUACCUGUUUUUUCCUCAUCGAUUUUAUUUAUUUUUAGUAAGUUUCUUUUCUGAAGUAAAUUAGGUUUUUAUUCAUAAUCUUAAGUUAAUUUUUUGUUGUACCACUUCAGAGAAUAAAUUAAAAUAUUUGUUACAAUUAUACGUGUAAUGUCUUUAAUAUUUAUAAAAAAAUUUGUCUUUAUUUAAAUCAGAUAAUUUAAGAAUGGCUUUUUGUACUACAUAUUAGGUCAAGCUUCUUUGUUAAUUGAUCAAGAUAACAUGAAAAUUAUAAGGAUCGACGUGAAAAUUGUAAGUAUACUCUUCAAAGUUGUCAAAUAGACAAGUCACUUUUUCUAUAAUUAUGUAUAUUUCUGUAUAUAACAAUAUUUAGUGUCUUACUUUUUAGCUAUGUAAUAAACUGAAAUAUACCAAAUUUAUUAUCUAG